AUGACGAAUAGUGGCAGUGGGGCUGUUGCCCCUACAAAAUCCCCGAUAUCUCAGCUUUGGAAGCAGCUGGGUGGGAACCCAAAGAGCAUGUCGACAGACUCGUUGAGCUUACCGUCACCAGUGGAGCCGGAUCAUCGUUUGAACAGUGAGAUGGGAGCAGUACAUAUGCCAGUGCUGUCGCCGAAGGAGAACUCUGGGGAGUUCGGCAGCUCGAAUAAGCGACUGUCGGGCGUGUGGGGCGCCUCGUCGCCAAGUUCCAAUGAGUACAGGAUGUACCGUGACAACUUCCUUUCCAAUCGUCACGGGUUCACAGGAAGGGUGUUUGGGGUAUCGCUCUCAGAGUCGCUCAGCGUCGCCAGUGCGGAAGUGAUAGUGCAGAGCGAAUUGGUCAGUUUUGGCAGGAUCCCCAUCGUCGUGGCAAAGUGUGGGGCGUACCUCAAGGCAAACGCGCUGGAGACGUCAGGUAUCUUUCGUAUUGCCGGUAACAGUAAGAGAGUUAAGGAAUUGCAGUACAUCUUCUCUUCACCUCCAGAUUACGGAUCAAAGUUUGUCGAUUGGGACGCUUACACGGUCCACGAUGUGGCAUCAUUGCUCAGACGGUUCCUGAAUAAUCUGGAAGAGCCGUUGAUACCUUUGGAUCUGUAUGAAGCGUUCAGGAAGCCUCUAAGAGAUAGGCCGCGAAUUCUGAGACACAUGGCAAAACAGGUAGUCCCUUCCCCCGCUGCUGAGAACGAAGACACCAUUCUUCUACGACGUCCAGAUACGGCGACGGAUAAAGAUGAUAGAGACAAUGAUGGUGAUGAAGAGAAAGAAGAGGACGAUCCUGCUGUAGCGGAAGAGAAGAAGAGAAAAAGCCAAAGACAUAGGAAACGGCUUAUCCGAGAUAUAAAAGCGGCCAUUAAAGACUAUGAAAACCUUUUCAUUUCCAUCUCCAAUGACACCAAACAGUUGACUAUCUACCUGCUGGACCUUCUGAGUUUGUUCGCCAGACAAUCUCAGUUCAAUCUUAUGUCGGGGCGUAAUCUGGCAGCCAUUUUUCAGCCCUCCAUUUUAUCGCAUCCGCAACACGAUAUGGAUCCUAGAGAAUACGAGCUAUCGCGACUAGUGACUGAAUUCCUGAUAGAGUACUCUUAUAAACUAUUACCGCACCUCUUAAGGCUUGCGAGAGAUGAACAACAGCGACCAAUACAACAAGGGAGGGAAAAUGGGGAAUUGGAAGCUCCCAAACCACGAAAGUUGGUCGUUACGAAUGAAAAUAAUGAAAGUGUAACAGUAUCGCCGUCGGCCCCUAUUGAUAUUCCUGCGUUGGACAGUAGCGCAGCACAGGAUAACCCUCCGACAUCAACCACUGUUGCUCCAAACACGACAACAUUCGAGUCGCCCACUAAGAGCUCUACUAGACAGCCGUUGAAAGUACCGAAGAUAAGGAGACCUCAUUCCAGAUCUAUUGGAUCGGCCCCUGUUCCUCCAGAUGUUAUCGCCAGUAGCAGAAGACGCUCUCGACUGUUCCCUUGGUUACCAAAACCAGGCAUCUUAAGCGAUAACGGCGGUGACUUUACUGCCACCGAGGAAGAAGGUGAUGAAUCCAACUUCGAUGACGAAAAUCGUGAGACCAUGGUUAGCUCCCCAGUGAGUGCUCAGUCAACUUCUCUACCACGGCACCAUCUGCAUAUACCGCCGAUGAACAGAACUUUCAGUGGAAAUAGCACAACUUCAUCUCUCACAAGACGGCCUAUGUCUGCCAUAUUAGGUGGAAGUAGAAACGGCUCGAUGGAUGCCUUAGAAAAUGCAAGUGCAAACCAGGCUAACGAAUCCACUCUCGCCAGGACGACCUUACUAGAAGACAGCGAAACUGAAGAGGGUACGACAAGAUCUCGCAAAAGGGACUCGUGGUUUCAAAGGUUACGGAGUAGAUCAAGAUCGAAUACAAGGUCGUGA